AUGUGUUUCAAAGGCUUUGUUCGAAAGCUCAAGAGAUUGAUGAUACUGAUGAUGAUCAUUCCAGUGUUAGAGAUGGAAUUACCCGUGAGGUUGAUGUCGGAACAGGAUUAUCGGCGCAAUAAAACUUCUACGAGAGCAAGGAACUUUCAAGAGGGGAGAAAAUUCAGAGAUCGGGUUAAGGGUAUUCGGAUUGACAAGGUCGAUGAGCAGGGCAGGAUGUUGAAUCCUAAAGAAGCGUUUCGAGCAUUGUCUCACAGUUUCCAUGGGAAGCAACCUGGGAAGAAACACGAAGAUAGAGCUGUGGAGAGAAUGAGGGAAGUUCACGCCAAAUCGAAGAUUGUAUCAAUGCAUUCCGAGACAAAACAAGGCCGUUUAGUGACGAUUCCAUCUUCCACGGAGACUCAGCUAUGUAGUGAGAACUUUGAGGAUAAAUUCAGCGAUUUGCAUGAGAGCGUUGUUAGCAGAAUUCUGAAUCUCCCAACUGUCGAAGCUGUUAGAAUCUCUGUAUUAUCAAAGACAUGGAGGAACGCGUGGACCAAUGUCAUAGAGUUACAGGCUUCGCGCCAUUGGAAGUCCGCAUAUUAA